UCAACGAACUACAACCGGGGAGGAUCGUGCAGUUCAUAGUUCGUAGUUCGUGCAGUAAGCUCUCCACUGAAUCAUGACCUCAAUGAAUUUGCGUCAACAGAAAUUGGAGCAGCAGCGACAGCUGCUGGAACAGAAGAUGCGCCAAAAGAGACAAACCCCUGGUAUGAUCCAAGCAUCAGACGCAAAAGGAAAAGUCAUGCGACCAAUAUCUGGUAGUAGAGGGAGAGAACUUCGAGGAUACGAUGGACCAUUACAGUUCUCUAUGAUGCACGGAAGUCCUGACUCUAGCGACAUAAUUGUUCCCAAACGGAGUAUCUCCAUGGAUUACGAUCUAUUGGAAGAAUCAACUAUGAGGGUGGGAGACCCAAUCCUAGGCGCCCAAUCGAUUUCCCAAGAGCUCGAUCUUGAAGAUGAAGAAUCCACACCAAUUGGAUAUAUUAGCCAGGCUAGUGACAGCACAGACAAUGUUAAUUCACUCGUCUCACCUGAGAUGAAUGCCUCCUCUAAAAGCUCAGAUUGUAUUGAAGCGGAAGGCGACAUCGUCGGGAACUUGGAUACAUUUGUUCUAGAACCUGCAUGCCAAAAAGUUCAUUACAAAUGUCGGAUUACCAGGGAUCGCAAAGGAGUUGAUGGAGGAUUUUAUCCUGUUUAUUAUUUACAUCUAGAGAGAGACUAUGGCAAAAAGAUAUUCCUUCUUGCCGGUCGCAAGAGGAAAAAAAGUGCCACCUCAAACUACCUAAUAUCAACGGACCCAACAGAUCUUUCGAGAGGAGGAGAAUCUUACAUCGGUAAACUUAGGUCAAAUCUGUUGGGAACUCAAUUCACAGUCUACGAUAAUGGUCAUUCACCCAAGAAACCGUAUUCAAAAGAUGAUAGGGAUCAAGUCUAUCCCCGCCAAGAACUAGCUGCAGUUUGCUAUGACACAAAUGUUUUAGGCUUCAAAGGACCUCGUAAGAUGACUGUUAUUAUUCCUGGCAUGACGCAGGACCAUCAGAGAAUUCAGAUAACACCCGAGGACAACUCUGAAACCUUACUAGAAUGUUGGCGCACUAAAAACAUGGAUGACUUAAUCGAGUUACACAACAAAACGCCGUCAUGGAAUGACGAUACACAGUCAUAUGUCCUGAAUUUUCACGGCAGAGUGACACAAGCAUCUGUAAAGAACUUUCAAAUUGUGCACGAUAGUGAUGUUGAUUAUAUAAUAAUGCAAUUUGGGCGCGUCUCGGAGGACGUUUUUACCAUGGAUUACCGCUACCCUCUCUGCGCUCUUCAAGCUUUUGCUAUUGCUCUAAGCAGUUUUGAUGGGAAAUUAGCUUGCGACUAAUGAGCUCGUCAGUCGAUAAAGAUAUUUUGGUUGUUCCAAGACUCACGAAACGAUUCGACAUUUACCCAGUAAUUUUAUCAUCGACAUUAGAUGUUCCUUCUGCCUCUUCCGGAAAGGACUCAAGGAUUUUUAUUAUUCUUUGCAUUUUUUUUUCUUAAUUUCUCAGCAGUUGCAGUAUUACGUUUUGUACUUACUCAAUUUACAUUCUAGUCACUUUACAGUAAUCGAAAAAUUUAAUGCUGUAAGAUGCUCAAGAUUCACGAAUCUACCACAUAUAAGUUAUUUAAAUCUGGUCCGAAUCGAUACUAUAAUUAAGUGCUGUACUUUAUGAAAUCACAAUCUAAUCCAAAAGUUAAAAAGUUUGAACACAUCAGGAACAUAUUUCAUUGAGUUUCUGCUUCAUGGUUGCACGAACAUACAUCACUUCAACUUUUGAAAUUAACUACAACGUAAGUUUCAGGUCUUAGCUGAGAGUUUCUACUUGGCUUUUUCAGCAAUUCAGCAGUAUCUCAACUGCCUUUUGAACAGAAUUUUAAAAACUUGAAAAUGCUCAUCAAAAGAUUUUUCGUUUUCAAAAAGUUCAAGUAAGUGCUCUCUAUCAUGUGAUACAAAUUUUAGUAUAUUUUCCAAAGGCAAAUGCACUAUUUUUAAAGUUAAAUUUCUAUGCGGGUCUGAAACGAAAUUGAAUCGUGAAUUAUCUCAGAUGUGUCGAGUUAAAUGCAGGGCACUUGCUCUUAAAAUUAUUUUUAUUUUUUAUCCUAUUGAAAGAUUAAAUUUCAAUGGCUUUCAUCCUGCAACUUAACUCAAAAAAAACCAAUUAUAUAUUUUAGAUUCAACACAAAAAAAUAUUCUCUGAAGUAUCUCCUGUUUUAAAAAAAACACAAGGAAAAGCCCAAAUUUUUAGUGAAUAUUAUGUCGCUUUAUCUUUAAUUUUUUUAUAAUUUUUCUUUUCCAAAGAGAGGAGCCACUGAAAAUAUUUUCUAGUUUCAUUACUAUGCUCUACUCCACAAAUUUGGACACAUUUUACACAACUAGGUAUUUUAUCAAGAAUUAUUUGCCACUCCGAAUCGAAAAAAGACAACUUUUUGUCUAUUCUCCGAUUUGUUUUAAUUGUUAUUUUGUUUUAAUUUUGACCUAUAAUGAGCAUAUCUGCUUUCUUGUCUCCUAAUU